AUGCAACGUGAUGAAAAUGCAACGCGUGAUGAUAAUGAAUCAGGAGAUACAAAUACUCAAUGGAACUAUGGAGGUUCCAACAAUGGAUCCCAUGGAGGACAAUUUAUUCAACGAGGACAUAUGGAUAAUGAUUCAAGACCACAAGGGAUCAUGUUGUUCCAACUCAACAAUACUGGUAUCCACUUGGACAGUGGAUCUACUUUUCAUUUGCGAACCAAUGAGGAUGACUUUAAAGAAGGAACUUUACAAGGAAUUGAUGGAGGAUUUCAUUACACCUCUAAUAUAGAGGGAAGAAGACUUUAUCGAGAAGGAAUUGAUAAGGUAUUUGAUUCUGUUUGUAAGCUUGAUACACGAGCUAGCGACAACAUCAACAGUUUGUCAAACAUGGUAAAAGAUGGAUUUGAUGUAUUUAUGGACACAAAGAGAGAGAACAGCUUCUUUGUGACCAGAAACGGGACUACAUGGCGAUUUGGACAUCGCAAUGGAUUAUAUACUUUGGUUGACAAACCUGCUGUGGCAACAGCAAUGUUCCAUAAUCAUGCACGUGGACUUGACAAUGCUGGAGUAGACCCACGUUUUGAUAUUGAAAUCGAAAGACACAAAGGAAUGGCAUUCAUCCUACAGCGUGAUAGGAUUGCUAUGGGUGAAGCGAUGAAUGAAUAUCACGGUUUAUGGAAAUGGACAAAAUUUGCUCAAUGGUGUUAUGAAUUGGCUAAAGACCAAAGAUGGGAUUUUGAUGAUUUAGAAAUUCGCUUCGGUGGAUUACCCAGUACAAUCGUUCAAGAAGCAAAACGACGAGGUAUUCGAAAAGAUUUUCACGAAUGGACAGAUGGAAGAGGAUUUAUAUUUGAUGAAGUUCCUGCUGGAAUGGAACUAGAUGAAAUUCACAUAGUACCUAAUAAUUUAAAUGAUGAUAUGGAAGGGUACUGUGCUCUACAGAGUGUGGAGAAGAACAAAGAGGGUUUCACAAACAAACAAGUGAAACGAGCAAAUGUUGCACAAAGUGGCUAUCAUAUGAUGGGAACACCUGGUGCAGAACUAUUCAAGUUGGCGAUUCGGGGAAAUUUUUUCAAAAAUUGUCCAAUUACGGAGGAAGAUGUUAAUAUCUCUGAAAAGAUAUAUGGACCAAGCAUUUCAACAAUUAAGGGCAAGCAAAAGCGAACAACACCGAAGGCGGUGGUUGAUGAUUGGAUCGAAAUGCCCAAAGAACUCCUGAAACACAAUUCGAAUCUGGAUUUAUGCAUCGACAUUAUGUUUAUCAACAAUGUCGCAUUUUUUGUCAGUAUUGACAAAGCGAUCAAAUUCCGAUUCUCUACUGAACUGAAAGAUCGAACAAAAGAUGCUAUUUACAAGUCGAUUGACAAAAUUUUACGCAUUUCUAAUCAUGCGGAACUUCGAAUCAAAACUAUUUAUUGCGACAACAAAUUCAAACCGGUAUUUGAUGACGUGAAAGAUAACAUGGAUGUGACCAUGAAUUAUGCCGCGCCGGGCGAACACGAACCAACUAUUGAGCGCAGCAAUCAAACAUUGAAAGGAUUAUUCCGAGCACAUUAUCAUCGAAUGGUGUUCAAGGCAAUUCCUAAGGUUUUGACUAUUGCUUUACUCAAGCAUGUGACAAAGGUUAUUAACUUUUAUCCUGCAAAGGGAGGGAAUUUCGAAAUAUUACAGUCCACAUAUGAUUGUGAGACGAAAACCGGUGGAUUUUUCAAAAGAAUGUGUUGCUGA